CAGAAACUUAUUUCCAUCGAACCUCGUUGUGGCAGCCUUUCGAUCGUAUGCCACAGACUAUACAACGAUAGUGCGAAACGCGACUGUUGGGAACGUGACCUUUGAAAAGAUCCCUAUUGGUACUGAAAUUGAAGGAAUGAACAUUCUUGGCCUAGUCCUCUUCGCUCUGUUUUUGGGAGUGGCCUUGAAAAAACUUGGCCCCGAAGGAGAAGAGCUCAUUCGUUUCUUUAAUUCGUUCAAUGAGGCAACCAUGGUUUUAGUGUCUUGGAUUAUGUGGUAUGUGCCUCUGGGAAUUAUGUUCCUCGUCGGAAGCAAGAUUGUGGAAAUGGAAGAUGUUGUACUGCUAGUGACAAGUCUCGGAAAAUACAUCUUUGCAUCUAUUCUGGGCCACAUCAUCCAUGGCGGAAUCAUUUUACCCCUUAUUUAUUUUGCGUUCACACGCAAAAACCCUUUCUCUUUUCUGCUGGGGCUUAUAACCCCACUUACAACAGCCUUUGCUACUUGUUCCAGUUCUGCCACUCUUCCCUCUAUGAUCAAGUGCAUUGAAGAAAACAACGGAGUCGACAAGAGAAUUAGCAGAUUUAUCCUGCCAAUUGGGGCGACUGUAAACAUGGACGGUGCUGCUAUUUUUCAGUGUAUGGCCACCGUAUUCAUUGCUCAACUGAACAACUUCGACCUUAAUGCUGGACAGAUUUUUACCAUUCUUGUGACUGCCACGGCAUCCAGUGUAGGAGCAGCUGGAAUCCCAGCGGGAGGAGUUUUAACCAUUGCUAUUAUUUUGGAAGCCAUAGGACUUCCCACCAACGAUAUAUCCCUCAUUUUGGCAGUGGACUGGAUUGUGGACCGGACAACCACUGUUGUGAAUGUCGAAGGGGAUGCGUUUGGAGCAGGCAUCCUCCAUUACCUGAAUCAAAAGGAAAUGAAGGAGAAAGAGUCGGAGCUCAGCGAAGUCUACGUGGAAGCCAUUCCGAACUGCAAGGCCGAAGCGGAAACCUCGCCUCUGGUAAUGCAUAAGGACCAAGCCGUUGCCACUCCGACGCCUACCAUGACAGAUAUUGAAUCGAAAGAAUCAGUCCUCUGAAGUAGGAGGAGGAUUCUGGGCAAUAGGGGCACCUUUCCUGACGCUGUGUUUUAGAAACCUAACUCUAGGAAAGCUGAUCUAGCCAUUAUGGAGUUGAGCCGAUAUCCCUCUUUCUAUGUUUCAAAAAGCGAUAUAUGAACGCCUUGGAAAAAUUCGCCAGCCUACCUGUCGAGUGCAUGUGUGUAUGUGUGUAUAUAUGUGAACAGACACUAUUUUUGUUUAGUGGUGAAAAGGCUUCCUAUUUAUGCACGUGUGUGAAACACGUGAAUGAAAGUGAUCUGAGCAAGGCUCCUUCCUUUUGUUUGAAACUAAUAUUGGAGGCCUACUCUGCAAGGUGGGUUUUUAAAACUCAGAAGGUACAAAUAAGGCCCUCUUGUUCUGUCUGGCUUGUGACGUAUGUCCCGCUCACUCAGUUGACCCCCCAAUUAUUGCAUCAAGCCCAGGAUGCUGUGUAUUUGGAAGGAGGACCUCUUUCUGAUUUGUCUUGAUUUUUAGAAUUCAAAUUCAGGGAUGCUCGUCUUAGGCCGCAUUUCUGCUUGCACUAGUUGCCCGUGGAGAA